CUUUUUUUCUCAAAUCAAACUUCUACCGACAUUGAUGGAUUUUCACUUCCUGCUUGAAGUUGAAAGUUGUUUUAUUUUGAUGAAAACCCGGCGCAUGUGUAAUGUUCUGAUUUUGUAACCAUGUAAAGCAAAAAGAUUGUCAUCUUGUCACUGUUUGUUCAGUGUGAAGAUCAGACAAGGUUGUGAUGAGCAGAAUGAACGGGGGAGAGAUUUUAUCGGACUUCAUGUUAAAACGGGCCAUGUCCCGUAGCGCAUUAUUUACUUCGGAAAACUACAAGGAGCGUUGGUUCACUCUUACAGAUGAUUCAAUCAGUUACUACUCAGGAACGCUGGCAAAAAGGGGCUCAAAGAAGGGGGCAAUCCCAUUAAACAACAUCAAGACCAUAGAAUGUGUGGAAGAUGGGAGUUUGGACGACAAAAAGAAUGUGUUUCAGGUGAUGCAUAGAGAUGAAAGGGACAGCUAUUAUACAUUAUACAUAGUGGCCAUGAGCCCUGACCAGCAGAAGAAAUGGGUGGACACUAUCAAAAAAACACUAAGAGCGGGUAGGAUCGUAUGCCUUCCAAAGUACCACACAGGGGUGUGGACUAAAAGUCAAGGUCACUACAACUGCUGUGACCAGAUUGACCGCAAUGCGCCUGGUUGCCAAGACGCACCAGGGGAAGCACAAAGACAGGCGGCACUACCACCUUUACCCAAAAUACCUGGUGACCCAGUGAGCCCACCCCCUCGUAACAUUCCAUCACCGCAGUCAAAUGGGGAUAUUCAGAAACCUGUUCCCCAGCCCAGGCGGGCACCCAAGGAGAAGAAAAUAUUUGUGGCCGCAUACGACUACAAGCCAUAUGAAGCUGGGGACCUUGAACUGAUUACUGGAAAUGAGUACGAGAUUUUAGAUGAUAGCAGAGAACACUGGUGGUUUGCCAAGAAUCAGCCAGGUGACACUGGGUUUAUUCCAGCCAAUUAUGUGAAGAAGAAGUUUGAUUUAGAAAUUUAUGAGUGGUACUACAAGGGGGUGACUCGGGAGCGCAGUGAGGCCAUACUGAAGGCAGAAGGCCGCGAGGGCUGCUUCAUGGUGCGGGACUCGAGUCAGGCAGGAAUGUACACACUCUCCAUAUUCACCAAUGAAUCACCGGAACUCUUUGUAGGCGGAACACCAGUGAGGCACUAUCACAUCAAGAAAAAUUCAGAGGACAAAUUCUACCUUGCCGAGAAGCAUCCGUUCGUUACCAUUCCCGACCUUAUAUACUAUCACAAACACAAUGCUGGCGGGAUAGCCACCCGACUACGCUCCCCUCCCACUAAAGACAAGAAUAUUCCAGUAACUGCAGGAUUCGGGCACAGCAAGUGGGAGAUUAAUAGAAAUGAGCUCGAGUUGUUCGAAGUAUUAGGAUCAGGAUGUUUUGGGACUGUACAGAAGGGCAAGUGGAAUGGUCGCGUAGUUGCUGCCAAGAUGAUGAAAGAGCGAACCAUGUCGGAAGAUUCAUUCCUUGAGGAGGCUAAAACCAUGACUCAGCUGAGUCAUCCUAACCUGGUGCAACUGUAUGGGGUGGUGACCAAGUCUAAACCCCUCAUCAUUGUGACCGAGCUAAUGCAGUAUGGUGCACUAUUGACAUAUUUAAAACGACAUAAAACUCGGUUAAUAAACAAAGUAUCAACUCUGUUAGACACGUGCAUUCAAGUGUGCGCAGCCAUGGAAUAUUUAGAGGGCAGAAGUUUUAUACAUAGGGAUUUAGCUGCAAGGAACUGUUUAGUGGGUGAAAACCAAAUAAUAAAAGUGGCAGAUUUUGGUCUAGCAAGGUAUGUGAUAGAUGAUGAGUACACAAGUUCUACUGGCACCAAGUUUCCCGUCAAAUGGGCCCCGCCAGAGGUCCUCAGCUUUACUCGAUUCAGCAGCAAGUCUGACGUCUGGGCAUUUGGUGUACUGAUGUGGGAGGUGUUCACUUGCGGUGAUAUGCCGUAUAAUCAGAUGAGGAACGCAGAAGUCGUUGACUUUGUCUGCUCCUCCAAUCGUCGCCUUGCAAAGCCCAAUGGUGCCCCUGAGAAAAUAUAUCAAGUCAUGCUGGAGUGCUGGAAUAAGGAACCUGACAAUCGACCGGCAUUCACACAGCUGCUGAGAACAUGCAGAGGACUGAAUGAUGACGGAAACUACCCCCACAUAUAGAUAUCUUGGGCAUGCAUUGGAGUUAAACAUUGGCUCGUGCAUUGAACUUUUAUGUUUCUUAUAGUUACAUACAUGAUCAUUGUGUCAAUAACAUUUAAUCUUUGAAAUGUUGUAUACUGCGUAUACACUUAUUGCAUUCAUGUAAAACAAAAUCUUUUUUUCCGUUACAAGUUAUUUCCUUUGGAGAAAAUGUGUGCCUAUGUAUAAGCAUUAACAUUGUAAAAAUGCCAUGAUGUAAACACCUAUGUUAUACUUCUGAAAUUGCCCUUGAGAUCUUCCAACUAUUUUGUAUUUGAUUGAACUACAGUAAAUACAUGUAUAGUCAUUUAGUUAAAAAGUUAUGUGUUGCAUUCAUUAUAUAUUUGCAAUUCACUAGCUCUGCCAGUAUGUGAUAGUCACAAAGUCAACACCAUCUACUUUUACUACUAGUAAUGCAACCCAAAUACUUUGGUUUUAGUUUAUAAGCAUGUAUCAUUUUUUAUAUCUAAAAUGAGCUGUUGAAAUUUAUUUACACAUACUGGAGGUAGAAUCCAUACAUUAUUAAGCUGUUAAAAUUACAAGAACUGUACAUGUCUCUACUAUGUAAACAGUUGUAAGGCCUAACAAAACACUUAGUUCGGGUUACCCGCCCCUACCUAUGAAAUAAGCGCUGAUCCUACCAUCGUUAAAGUCUGCUGGUAAAAAAAUAUUGUUUUUAGGUGUUUUUGAAAAUGGAAUUUAAAACCUUUAAAGCUUCAUACAUAAGAUUACUAUAACACCAUUCUCGAAUUGUGACAAUAACAUUAUUACAUAAAGCCUAAAAAAACACCAAAAAAAUCUACCUACCCUACCUGUUUUGGAAAACGAUAUAACCCUAACCAACCUUUCUUAUUUAUUUGCCUUAUAAUUAUGUAUGUGUUUAAUCUUAUUCUAUUGCAUGAAUAUACAUUUACGCAAUAUAUUAGAAAGAAAAUCACUGAGGAACAGAUGAAUGUUUAAGUUCAUAUCAAAGAAUAUGCAAAGGGAUUGGGCCACGAGUUUUUCCAACAUCAGUUAUGGCCCUUUCCCACGUACUAGUAAUAGGAGUGAAUCCUUGACCGUGCGUUACCACGUACUAGUAAUAGGAGUGAAUCCUUGACCGUGCAUUCCCACGUACUAGUAAUAGGAGUGAAUCCUUGACCGUGCAUUCCCACGUACUAGUAAUAGGAGUGAAUCCUUGACCGUGCAUUACCACGUACUAGAAAUAGGAGUGAAUCCUUGACCAUGCAUUCCCACGUACUAGUAAUAGGAGUGAAUCCUUGACCGUGCAUUCCCACGUUCUAGUAAUAGGAGUGAAUCCUUGACCGUGCAUUACCACGUACUAGUAAUAGAAGUGAAUCCUUGACCAUGCAUUCCCACGUACUAGUAAUAGGAGUGAAUCCUUGACCGUUCAUUCCCACGUACUAGUAAUAGGAAUGAAUCCUUGACCGUGCAUUCCCACAUACUAGUAAUAGGAGUGAAUCCUUGACCGUGCAGGACAAAUUUUACCUUCAGACUUUUGCUGCUGCUAUGGUGACAGUUAUUUUGAUAUACAAUUUAUUGAAAUAUGUGUUCGAUGAAGUAUUAAUUCUGUAACAUUCCUUAUCAAAUUUUGUUAAUUAUUGAUGAAAUGCUUGAACUGUUAUCCAAUAGUUUAUUUUAUUAAUAUUUUUGUUUUACUAAAGAAUUUUAUACGUAUGCAAAUUAAGGGAUGAAUACUGGUAGUUAUGUUGGAAGAAUGAAAAGCUUGAGUUUCAGUAUUUUGAUUUUUACAGAAAAUGUUAACGUUUGAUAGAGACAUUUUAUUUAUUUACAAGAUCUAUCAUAAUUGAUGAUCAUUCCUUAAAUAUUAAUACAAUCUUUGUGUUUCAGGUACAUUUUGUUGAAUGUUGAUGGAUGUUGUUGGUUAGAAUAAAUGUGAUAUUUAACAGCAAAUUCUGUACGUAAUGUCAUGUUAUUAUACAUUAAUUGUUAUAUUACACUACAUGUUACCAUUAUUAUUCAAAAUCAAUGUGUAAUAAAUUUCCUCUCUACUUUCUAUUGCAUAUAUUAUAAGCAACUUCUUAAACUUAUGGAGACAUUAUAUAAUUGUUACCUCUAACAAGAAUACAGCUAGAUCUACAAUAUACAUGUAUUAUAUUGUAGCUUGUUAUUUUCAGAAAUUGCCAUCCCAAUUGCCAUACCCUUUUUCAGACAUUUUUGUAUAACAACAACUGUACAUUGCAGUUUAAAAUAUUGACCAUGAAUUUUUGCAAGUCAAUGAGAACUUGUAUAUUAUUUUAACCAGUAUUUAGAGCAAAUAACUUGUUAUUGAAGGUAUCGUACAUUUAGCUGAAUUAUUUUAGUCACUGAAUCAUUCAAAACCAUAAACGUUAUUGCCAAUGAAAAAACAACAGAAUAUUUCAUUAGCAUCUUUUUUGUUGCAACGAUUAUGUGAAUGUUAGCUCUUGUUUUUAUACGUUAUAUAAUCUAAAUAAUUUUUUGAUAAAGCUUCAAUAACAGAUUUUGCAGAACAAAUUAUUACGCUUUUCCUUUUGACUUGUUUUACAAGUACAUGUAUUUUGAGUGCUUGGUAUAGAUCAUUUUUAUUUGUACUACUAGCAUGCAAUGUUUGAUAACUGACUUUAUUCUGUUAAGUGAAUAAGUAUUUUCCUUACUGUGCUCAUAUUUACAAGACUUCCAAUUAAUGGAUUCUGAAAUAAAUUAAUUUUUGUAAUAAAA